GCGGAAGAGGUCGUCAUCGUUAAAGCUGUGAGUUGGAGGCUCUCUGAAAUGUGAUUAAUUUGACAGUAAUUGUUUGAGUAGAACUGCGUCGGGUUCAACCGUUACAAUGAGUGGAGCGGUUUCCACGGAGCGUUUGGGUUUUCCGGACGACGUGUGACUCUUUUUGGGCUUUUAAAGCCUCACAGCAACUGUUGAAAGCCCGAACAUGUCGUGGAUAAGGGAGGGUGAAUUAAACCUGCUUGAAAAGAUUUCUGCCAAUAUCCUGAAGGCUGGACCCAUGCCGAAACAUGUGGCCUUCAUCAUGGAUGGCAACCGCCGCUUUGCGCGUAAGAAAAACAUGGAGCGCCAGGAAGGGCACAUGCAGGGUUUCAACAAGCUGGCAGAGACAUUGCGGUGGUGUAAGCAUCUGGACAUCCGAGAGGUUACGGUGUACGCCUUCAGCAUCGAGAACUUCAAGCGCAGCAAAAAUGAAGUGGAUGGGCUGAUGGAGCUGGCCAGGCAUAAAUUUGAAAAGCUGUUGGAUGAAUGGGAGAAUCUGGAGAAGCAUGGCGUCUGUGUCCGGGUGCUGGGCGACUUGAAUAUGCUGCCACUCGACCUUCAGCAGCUUAUUGCCAAAGCUGUGGUCAGCACCAAAGCGCACAAUAAAUGCUUCCUGAAUGUAUGCUUUGCCUACACAUCAAGAUAUGAAAUCACCAAUGCUGUCAGAGAAAUGGCUUGGGGGGUGGAGCAAGGCUUGAUCAAAGCAAGUGACGUUUCAGAGCCGUUGCUGAGUGAGUGUUUGUACAGCAAUAAAUCUCCCAAUCCUGAUCUGCUCAUCCGCACAUCUGGAGAGGUGCGACUCAGCGACUUCCUUCUCUGGCAGACUUCCCACUCCUGUCUAGUGUUUCAGUCCGUUCUGUGGCCCGAGUAUUCGUUCUGGAACCUGUGUGAAGCCAUUCUCCAAUACCAAUUAAAUCACACAUCCAUUCAGAAAGCCAGAGACCUCCAUCGAGAGCAUCAGGCCUUCCAGCAGCUGGAGGCGGAUCGUGCCUGUGUAGCAGAGCACCUGCAGCAUCAUGGGAACGGGAAGCCCGCCGACGCCCAGAGAAGACAAGAGGCACUGCUGCGCUACAGCACCUGCCGGGAAGAACGGAUUCAGGACUUCCUAGAAGCGCUGAAGCGCAAGAGAGACUCUUUCUUUAAUGACUUAUGGAGCGACGGCGUAUCGACCUAGGAAGCCUCCGAGGACCACGGAUCCUCCCCUGUCCUCUUUCCAACAGGGCUUCCAUGGAAAAAUUAAGCGUGAACAGUAACAGGGAAUGGUUUCAUUGUGUUACUGAAUUAUAUUUAUAAAAUGUAAAAAAAAAAAAAAAGCGAGAGGCCAAUUUUACCCCUAUGGGGCUGUAAAAUAAUUGAUAUUUAUGAUUGAAGAUAUUAAAAGAAGUCUAAUAUGGGAAAAUGUCUGGUCAAGAUGUAGAUAAAUUGUCUGUCAACUGCAUGCCAUGAACUGGAAGAUCAAAGUAUAAGAAUGAAAGCCAGGGAUCCUGUGUUUUUUAUAAAUGCUCCCAAAGCAGCCGUCCAGAUUAAUAUACGUCAGUGCAGUUUUAUUGUGGAAAGUGUUUGUUGAGUGUGAUGUUGAUGACUACUAUAUUUUGACCAGCUUCCUUUAACAGAAUAAAGUGAUUAGUGUAUGUCAUCUAUGAUUAAAUGAUGUAAAAAUCUGA